GAUGGCAGUGCGAUAGUAACCCAUAUGAUCGUAAUCAACUAUAACAUAACCUGAAGGUUUCAUGUGUUAUCACGCAAUGUGCCUUGCAAAUGUCUUUUUAUUUUGACGAUCAUGACGGACUCGAUUAAUUAACGAGACAUAGCUCGUGUUAAUUAUUGACAAAAACGUCAGUGCGAGAUUUCUCUCGAAAACCGCGGAAAUGUCCAUUCCAUUUCUGCACGUUAGCCGGUCGUUGACGACUGCCGCGAGGUCCAAGCGGCGUGUCGUCGUAACCGGGAUAGGGACCGUUUGCCCCUUGGGAGUCGGAACGCGAAACGCUUGGAAGGCUCUCAUCGAUUCCAAGUGCGGAAUCACGCGACUUUCUGAACCGGACUACGAUAAACUACCGUGUAAAGUAGCUGCAUUGGUGCCGAAAGGAAAUUCUGCUUACGAGCUCAACAUUGAUUCCUACUUUACGAAGAGUGAGCUACGCACAAUGUGUCCUGCCACAGCGUAUGCGCUGAUAGCCUCAGAGGAGGCACUCACGGACGCGAGAUGGAAACCGACUGAUGAGGCUGAUAAGCGCGACACCGGCGUUUCAGUGGGAAUCGGCAUGAUAGACUUAGUGGAUGUGUGCAUGACAUAUGAAGCUCUGAAAAAGGGAUAUAGCAAAGUCAGUCCAUUUUUUGUGCCAAGAAUAUUACCAAAUAUGGCAGCUGGUCAAAUCAGCAUCAAGUAUGGCUUUCGUGGGCCCAAUCAUGCAGUGUCGACCGCGUGCGCGACGGGCGCACAUUCUAUCGGCGAUGCAUUCCGCUUCAUUCGCGGUGGCGAGACGAGUGUGAUGGUAUGUGGCGGAGCGGAGGCAUGUAUCAGUCCAUUAGCCAUAGCCGCGUUCUGUCGGUUACGUGCGCUGAGCACAUCGAAGAACGACAUGCCACGGGAAGCGUCGCGGCCUUUCGACCGUGAUCGCGAUGGUUUUGUGAUGGGCGAAGGCGCCGCAAUACUAGUCUUGGAGGAGUUGAACCACGCCCUUGCACGGAACGUGCCCAUUUACGCGGAGGUACUGGGCUACGGUCUAUCUGGCGACGCGUCGCACAUAACGGCACCUAGCGAGGACGGUGCCGGUGCGUUGCUGGCGAUGGACCGGACAUUGAAGGAUGCCGGUAUCGAGACCUCGGAAGUGACGCAUGUGAACGCGCACGCCACGUCCACGCCACUGGGCGAUACGAUCGAGGUGAAGGCGAUCGAGUCGUUGAUGGGCGAACACAGCAAGAACGUGACGGUAACAAGCACAAAGGCGGCGCACGGUCAUCUGCUGGGUGCCGCUGGUAACCUAGAGGCCGUCUUUACGAUCCUGGCGAUCAAGGAGGGUGUCAUACCACCUACGUUGAACCUGCACAACUUGGAUAUGGAAACACGUUUGAAAUUUGCACCGCAUACAAAAGUGAAGUGGAACGCGACAUCGCGUCGAACAGCCCUGAAAAACGCAUUUGGAUUCGGUGGAACAAACGCGUGCUUGUGUUUCACCGAAUACGUCUCUGAUUAAGAGAAAAGUUUCAUAUAAUAUUCUGUCAUAUAUUCUGUCUUCUGGAGAGAGAGUAUUGUAAUCAUUCUUUGAAAUGCUUGCAAAAGGAUUUCAAUAAUGAACUUUAGAGAAAAGUUAUUUCAGAAGAUGAAAGGAUCUUACUUUAAUAUUAUAUCAAUAGAAAAAAUUAAGUAUGUGUCUCCUUAAAAAAGCGAAAAUGGCAAUUAAUUAAGUUUGAAAUUACAACAAAAGUAAUGCUGGCAGAAUUAAUUACUAGUCAUUCCUUGAAAUGCCUUAACUGAAGUGAAGAAAAUAUUCAAGGAUAAACAUUGUAUAUGAUUUUAGAAAACAGAUAAACAAUGGACCUUUUAAUAUUUUCAAUUGAUAGAAAAGGAGACAUUGUUCCUGUAAAUACACUCUGACAUGUACAUAUGUAUAAAAACAACAAAAUCAAAGAGAAGUAAAUUUGGUGACAAAUUUUAUAGAAUUGAUUACCAAUGGAUGACGGCUUAAAUAUUUUUAAUAACUUUUAUGCAACAUACAAUAUAUAUGUAUGAUACGACAAUAUUUCUUUUUAUAGAAUAUUUUUACAGUGCAUGUGUAAUGAAAGUUACACAGAGAGGAUAUACAUCGGAAUAAUAAAAUAUAUGUAUAUAUAUUAUAA